GCUGCCUAUUUAUACUUCCAAGAACUCUUUUAGGGAAACACUGCUCUAAAUCAUCCUCAUUUUUCACACGGAUGAACUGAAGCCUGCAGAGGGUGAGGAGACUGUCCCAGUGUCACAGCAAGUGUGUCCACGCUGAAAAAGUCCUCAACAGCUUCUGCAGUCCCGCCACCUUCCGCCCCUGCGGCAUGGAGCCCAGCAACAGGACAGCAGUCUCUGAAUUCACCUUGAAGGGAUUUUCUGGCUACCCAGCCCUAGAACACCUACUCUUUCCUCUGUGCUCAGCUAUGUACCUGGUGACCCUGCUGGGGAACACAGCCAUCGUGGUGGUGAGCGUGCUGGAUGCCCGCCUGCACACGCCCAUGUACUUUUUUCUGGGUAAUCUCUCCAUUUUGGACAUCUGCUACACAUCUACUUUCAUACCCCUGAUGCUGGUCCACCUCCUGUCACCCCGGAAGACCAUCUCCUUUAUUGGCUGUGCCAUCCAGAUGUGUCUGAGCCUUUCCACAGGCUCCACAGAGUGCCUGCUGCUCGCCAUCAUGGCCUAUGACCGCUACCUGGCCAUAUGCCAGCCACUCAGGUACCCUGUGCUCAUGAGCCACAGGCUCUGCCUGACGCUGGCAGGAGCCUCCUGGGGGCUCUGUCUCUUCAAGUCAGUUGCAGAGACGGUCAUCGCCAUGCGGCUGCCCUUCUGUGGCCACCACGUGAUCAGACACUUCACCUGCGAGAUCCUGGCUGUGCUGAAGCUGGCCUGUGGGGACACCUCCGUCAGCGAUGCCUUCCUGCUGGUGGGAGCCAUCCUCCUGCUGCCUGUACCCCUGACCCUCAUCUGCCUGUCUUACAUACUAAUCCUGGCCACCAUCCUGAGGGUGCCCUCAGCCACUGGGCGCCGCAAAGCCUUCUCCACCUGCUCGGCGCACCUGGCUGUGGUCCUGCUUUUCUACAGCACCAUCAUCUUCAUGUACAUGAAACCCAAGAGCAAGGAGGCCUGUGUCUCUGACCAGGUCUUCACAGUCGUCUAUGCUGUGGUGACCCCCAUGCUGAACCCCAUCAUCUACAGCCUAAGGAACAAGGAGGUGAAGGAGGCUGCCAGGAAAGCUUGGGGCAGUAGAUGGGCCUGUAGGUAAGGGAGGGCAGGGCUCUGCACGAAGAAGGGCCUUGUCUUGUGUGGGUCAUCGUGUGCCAGUGACACUGCAGAGAGGAGCAUGGAGCUGCACUCCAGAGACACAGCACCAAGUCCCACCAACCAUGGCACAGUCACUCACAAGCCACCUUCUGCUCCUGCCCUGUCCUAGCCCAGCCUCUGCCCCCGGCCCUCCACAGCAGCCUCUUGGCGAUCUCCAGACUCCAGCCUUGGAGAGUGAGUGCAGCAGCUCACACCUAUAAUACUGGCAGUUGUGAAACUGAAGCAGGAGGA